AUGUCUGAUCGGGAACUGAACCCUGAGCAGCUCUGCGCUGAGUUGGCAAAAUUGCAUAAAACUAGCGUCUCGCCCACCGGGAAAUUUGGCUUCUACAUCACGACUUGUCAAGGUCGUGUCCCCCAAGCCGUGGCUUGGGAAAGCAGUUGGACGAUCUAUUUCACCAAACUGCUCCGCAAUGUUAUUGCACUGGACGACGCGGAAAAUUACCUCACCAAGGAUGGUCGCGUGGUAAAACCUUCUCUCAUCCACGGCGAUCUCUGGGAAGGUAAUACGGGGACCUCCUACCAGACAGGAGACGUCUACCUCUUUGAUGCGGCGGCCAUGUAUGCACACCAUGAAUUUGAGACUGGAAACUGGAGGUGCAACUACAACAAAAUCCACCGUAAAGUCUAUACACAGACCUACCUCCGGUGUAACGGACCCAACGAGCCAAUGGAAGAAUGGGACGACCAAAACUGUCUUUAUUGCACCUAUUAUAACGUACUAUACUCGGUGAACCAUAGGAGCCAAGGAAAGGCCGUGCGUCAAACGGCCUUCAAUGACAUGUACUAUCUCAUUGACAAGUUUGCGCCUUUCUCUGAAGGCCAAGGACCUGAGCGAAUCAAAGAUGCGGACAGAGGCACGCUAUCCGACGAGAGAGAUCAUACCAGAAGUUAA